AUGAAUAAAAAGAACCAAGGCCCAGGUCCUGCGGCGUACGCCCUACCAACGGAAGUCGGCUACAAUCAGCAUGAUCCACGAAAGGAGCGCAAACCGAUGUACACGAUGCGGCCGACAUUUAAAAAAUGCUACGAAACAACCGGUCCCGGGCCCGCUACUUACGAUCUCAAGAAGCAAACACGCAUCGGUGGACCACGAGAACCAAAGUAUUCGCUGGGUUCUUGGUUGAAGCCACUGAAAGGGGAUCUUACACCCGGACCGGGGGCACACAAUAACCAUCUCGUACCGACAAUGAAAUCCAACCGGCCCCCUCUGUACAGUUUUGGAAAGCUUUUGAAGGUGUCGAAUAACGAAACUAUACCGGCACCGAACCGAUACGAUGGUUUGAUCCACAUGACCCGUUUGAAGGCACCGUGCUAUUCGAUGGGGUUAAAAACAAAGGAGAUUCAAGGAUUUGAUGGACCGGGUCCGGAUAGGUACGGCCCUACACCACGCGAUGUCACCCAUAGGCGUGCUCCCAGCUACGGAAUGCGGGAAGGUCACAAGGAUCUCAAGAAUCAAUCACUACAUCCUGCCCCGAAUCGUUACGCUCUGAUGAAUCUACGCGUCGGUUCAACGGCUCCAAGUUACAGCUUUGGUGUAAGGCACCCCGAUUGGAAGGAUCCAAUGAUUAUUCCUGGUGAUAAUUGUUAG